UUUCGAGGAACUGCCUCAGAGACAAAACAUCUCACACUAUUCUUAGUCCUUGGUUCGGAUUUACGAUAUUCCCAGAGGGAAAAUUUUUUACCUUUCUCAGAGGAAGUGGCUUUGAGCAUGUUGUUUUUUCAUUGACAUUUCAAGCUUGAAUUUGUCUUGAAUAUAAGAAGACGUUCCGACUAGGAUCUCAAAUAAUAGAAUGAGUCAUUUGUAUGACACAGUUGUCCCCACUGUCAUCGACGAUGGCCUUCUUAUGGAAACCGUUUACGAGCAAGGCCCGAAAGGAGAGGCUGGAAAAUUCUGCAAAGCCGAAGGAGUAGCACCUGCAGAGGUGCAUGAGCUAUGCCUCGAAUAUAAAAACAUUCUAGUGAUAGACGGCCUUUGGGAGUUUGUAAAUCUCACGAAACUUCAGCUGUGCAACAACAUCAUCGAAAAGAUCGAAGGGCUGGAGCUACUAGUGAAUCUGGUGUGGCUGGACCUGUCUUUCAACAACAUCCAUUUUAUAGAAGGCCUGGACACGCUGGUCAACCUAGAGGACCUGACCCUGUACAACAACAAGAUCACCUGUCUGGAGAACAUGGACAACCUGCUGAAACUGCAUGUGCUUUCUAUGGGCAACAACGACCUAAGGGAUCUCGAAAACCUGAGAUACUUGCGGCGUUUUCACAACCUCAGGAGCCUCAACCUCUUCUAUAACCCGCUAUGCUACGAUCCCCAGUACAAGGUGUUCGUCGGAGCAUUUCUACCGGAAGUCGUUUUCCUCGAUUACCGUCUGCUGGAAGAGGAGCACAGAGAAAAGGGGGCAGAGAUGUACCAGUUACCAGUACUGAAACUGAUCGAGAAGGAAGCCAAGGAACGGAAACAUCGAGAGAAAGACUUGGCCAAGUCACAAACAGAAAAGGCGCACAUAGAUGCCUAUGUUGAGAACUUGGACGGACCCCUCCUCUUUAAAAACCUUUACGAAGAGGAUCGCGAAGGAAACUUGCUGUCAAAAGUGAAAGGCGCCGCAGACCUCAUCUCGGAAUUUAAACAUAGGUUUGUGCGGGUGUGUCAUCAGAUCUUUAAUUUAGGGAUAGAGGAGAAGACCGCCAGAGACGCCGAAGUGGCACUUUUUUGGGAGUGUUUCAAUGAAGCUAUGGAAGAAGACCGGAAACGGGGGAUGAACGCCACCAGUACAUUUAAGGAGGAACAAAAAGCAAUAUUUGAGAAUAUGAGACUGGAAAGCGAUCCCGUCAAGCUGGAAGAUAUGGUAAAGGCAUACCAUGUCCGUGUGACGGAGCUUUGGGACGAUCUGGUAGGAGCUGAAAUGCACCUUGUUGAUGAGCUGGACGAGAUAGUCGAACGAUUCGAACUGAGCCUACAGGACAUGGCAUCCAAUUUCAUCGAGCACAUCCAAGAGUUAAUGUCAAAGCUGAGAGAAUACGAAGGGUUCCACAACGAGAAAUUGACCGAAGUUGCCACCGCACAAUUGGAAAGCAUGGCACGGGGGGAAUUCGACGAAACGAUGAGCACGGAGCUUGUGGACAUCCUGUCGGACAAAGAUUCGACGCUGAGCGCCAUCGCGACCUCCCACGAUCUCCACCUGCUCAAAAUUGACCUCCGGGAGGAUAAGAUUGUAAACGGCAUCACGACCUGGAAGACCAGCCUCAUCAAGGAUAUUCGCAAAAGCCUGUGGGAAAGGAACCGCACCCGCAUGACAGAGAUCUGCCACUUCAUCGACCAGGCGCGAGACGACGUUGACAACUUGGAGAUGACACCGUAGGCCAGAGCAUACAGGAGCUAGAUGUGCAUCAUCACUGGUAAUGAUGUUGAGGCUGUGGCUCUGUGACGCUGGUGACACAUACACACACAGAUACAUGCGAAUACACGCACCCACACACAGAGAAAGGACUAUAAAACACACACACACACGCACGCACGCGCGCACGCACGCACACACACACACACCGAUUUAGAAGCAUGAAUAGACGCGUAGUCGUUAAUAAUUUGCACGGAUAAAAAAUAAGAGGCAACAAAAGCAAUAACAAGAAUGGACACGUGCUAUCUACUUUUAAUUUAUAAUGUGGUGACAGAAAGAAUAUCAACUUCAGUUUUAAAUCUCAGAUGCAAUAUGUCACGCCAGUCAUAAAUUUUGAGACAAACGAUUAAUGAAGUAAAAAAUUUAGAAGAAUACGAUAUUGUUAUCUCAAACAACUAAAACAAAAAUCUGAGCGUUAUGAAGUUGUUCGACCAUAACAUUUAGCUUCUUUUGCUGCUUCCCUCCAGCUAUACAGAAAGUUCAACUUCCAGGCAGUAUGUCUCAGAGAUCUUAUAAAACCAACAGCAUGGAAAUAAAUUUCAGUUUCUUUAAAAGAAAUUGUUUUUAAACCAGGAACGACCGACUCUUUGAACGAUACCGGGUUCAACUUGAAUAAUACCAGAGAUCUUUGUUUA